GAAUUGCAUAAAUCUUAAAAAGCAUAUUGGAACCCUGAUGCCUCUUCAAAGAUGCCCAACCUUGAAUUGCUUAUAAUUUAUGGUGUUCACCUUCUGCAUGGCCCUAAAGAACUUCCUAAUGGCUUAAGAUUUCUUGAUUGGAUUGAGUAUCCUUCAAAAUCUUUGCCAUUAAGUUUUCAACCGGAUAAGCUUGUUGAACUUCACAUGUGUCAUAGCAAAGUUGAACGACUUUGGAAAGGAAAAAAGGGAAUCUACAAGAAACCUAAAGAGGCAACCAUUAGUACUUUUAUUCCUGGAAGUGAAAUUAUGGAAUGGUUUAGCCAUCAAAGUAUGGGGAAUAUAGUAAAAGCACAAGUUUCUCCUUGGAAACAAAAUGUGAUUAUACAAAUGCCUAAUCAUUCAUGUAAUAAGCGGAUGGGAAUGGCUGCUUGUGCCAUUUUUUCACCCCUCGAUCUUUAUCCGAAAAAUUACAGUUUCUUUGAAAACUCUCAUAUUAUUUGUUACAUUGAAGAUGGUGUAGGAGAGCUGGCAAAAUUUAGCAUUAAUUGUGUUCAGAUUUCAUCACAUCACCUUUGGCUACUCUAUUUUCGCCCUGAAUUUUUUGAUGAGAAUACGAGAGCAAUAUUGAGUCAAAUUGAUGAGAAUGAAUCCAUUCAGUUGGAAGUUAGAUUUCAAUUUUCUAGGGACUGAAACUUGGAGUUUGAGAAAUGUGGGUUUCAAAUGGUAUACAAGCAAGACAUGGAAGAUAUCAGAGGACUGGCUCAAUCUAGCAACAGCAGUUGCAUCACUUCUUAUGAGGUCGUAGAUGCUCAACAUGAUUUGGACAAUUCAAUGUUGGUAACAGAAGGUACUAAAAUUAUGCAAAGCCAUGACGAAUGCGAUGAGGCUGGACCUAGUGGUGAAAGUAGCUCUAACGACAUACCACAUUUGAAGAGGAAUCAAACAUAUAUAAAGGAUGAAUUGGUCAUCAUAACUCUGAUUGCAUGGUUGAUUCUAUUGAAGGUGGUCCAGGACUGGAUAGAAGACACAGAUGAUCCAGAAACAAACUUAUUGGUCAACAGAAUACAUUUUGGCAAAAUGUUUGCCCCUUGCAGAAAACUCACAAAGCAAAGCAUCCUUAUCUUGUCAUUCUCUACGCAUUUCAACUUGCUCCAUCAACGAUAACAAAGCAAACCUCUCUCUCUCUCCCUCCAUUUCUGUUCUCUUAUGUUCAAUUUUCUUUGUCUAUUAUGAACUAAUCUUUUCUUUGUUGAGUAUGUUGGCCUCAGUCACUCAACAUCUGCACACUCCAGUGGUUUGACACUCUUCGCUCUCUCUCUGUUUGUGACUCAAGCAGCUGCAAGCAGUGUCUCUGAAAGGUGAGCAUGCUUUUUUUGUGGUCUCAUUCCUAAUGCAUCUGUCCUUUUGUUUUUCUUUGGAUUUAUUUUGAUUGAAUGAUACUUCUGUGUUUGAUGUAAUACGAUGAAGGCCUAUAUCAUAAAUAGA